AGUUGGUAGCCAGACUUCAGAGGGGUAAUGGUGCCGGGUGCCAAGUGUGUCUCUGGUAUGCCAAGUGUUCUCCAAAGUGCCAUUACUAAUUACCGAUAAGUGAUAGUUGGCUAACUGUCCACACUUAAAUCUCGUCUCGCCGACACACGCCGCCUUAAUUCUUACUUAAAACUACUACUACAAUUAUCUAAAAAAAGUAAUAAUAAUAAUCCUCCCAAAAAUAUUCCUGAACAAAAUCAAAAUAUAUUAUAAAAAAAUCAGCCCCCCCAAAAAAAUUCCUGAACAAAAUAAAAGUAUAUAAAAAAAUUACUUUGUACGAAAUUUAUGCAAUAACUUUUUCCCUUGAGUGUGCGCAUGCGCGUGUGCGUGUGUGCUUGUGCGUGUGCUCGACAAAAUUCCGUAAAAAAAUAAAGAAAGAGCUGUGAUUCCAUGACUUACUCUCGUUCGGUUCGUGUGACUUCCUCCAAUGUGUUCGUGAGCGCGUUUGUGCGUUCGUGAGUGUGUGCCCGCGGUUUUUCUCCCACCUGGACACCGAGUAAACUGGGAUAAAUCUUGGAGCCUUUACGUCUGGCUAACUCGCGCGUUCGUGCAUUCGUGUGUGUGUUUCCGCGUCUUUUCUCUCCUUGGAUUCUGGACACUGAGACAAACAGGGACAAUUCAUGGAUAAUUCGUGAGCCUUCCGGUCUGGCUAUCUCUCCCAGUGCAUUAGUGCGUCCCGUUCACAUUAGUGGCGUCCCGUGUCUCGCGUGCUUGCCCUUCUUGUGAGUGCGCGAACGUGUGCGUGUGUGUGCGUGAAUACCGUAAAGCAACACGACUGUCGACUGUUUCCUCACAUCACUAGUCGAGUCACCUAAGCACCUGUGAUUUAAUUGAGUUACCUGUCUUCACUUCACUGGCCUAGGUAAUCUAAAAGGCCAACCAGAUCUACCACCAACCUCAACAACAACAAACAGAAACAUCAAAAAUUAAUAAUCAAAAAGAGCUAAAUCAAAAAGCCACCUAGUGUGUGAACGUGUGGGUGAACCAGUGAACCGAGGCCAGGUGGGGUGUCGUGGAAAGGUCAUUGAGCAAGGUACGGGGCCUUGAAUGUGACCUCGUACGUGGGCUUAGCUACGUACCCUGCUAACGGACGCACGGACAGGUAUAGGGCAACUUGAAGGUAAACACACGGGGGAAGAAGUAUCGGGACCCAAAAGUACACCUUGCAUUAUUACCUGCGGGAAUUAGUGCCGGAGAGUAACAAAGGUAACCGCCACGUGUGACCGUCUGACACAAAAGGCAGAGAAAUCAAAGAAAAGACCGCCAUCUUAGAAGUGAACACAGAAAAAAAGAAGAAAAGAGUAAAGAAACAACGCAUAUUGUAAUUAGAAAAGAGAAAAAAAUUGAAACUUACCAUAAUCCACAGGUAAAAAAAAAUUAAGAAUAGCCCCACAAAUUAUUAGGAAAGAGUAGAAUAUUGAAACAUACAAGAAUCUAGAGGUACAAAAUAAAAAUAAACCCACAGAUCACAAUUAGAAAAGAGAAAAGAAAAGAAUUAAUACCGCAAUCCAAAGGUACAUCAUUUUAAAAACACACCAAUCAACAGAAGGAAAUCCAGACGUACAAAAUAUAACAAACCCACAAAUCACAAUUAGAAAAGAGAAAAAAUUGAAAUAUAUAACUCAGAACAACAAAACAACAAAACCCACAAAUCAUAAGAAAACAAAUAAGAAAAAUCAUUCAUUCGUGACACACAAGAGGUACGAACAGAAAACGAGUACCUUAAGAAUUCUAGUGCAGACGGAGUGACCAGUGCACACAACGGGUAGCCCCAAGCAGAACCCGCAGGAGGAGACCCGCAUGCUUGCCCGCGUCGUAUCCCAGUCGUGGAGUCGCAGCACCCGAGCCAGUAGCCCCCGCCCGGCAGAAUGAGCAUCAGGCGGGUUCGCGGCUCGUUCAGAAACUCCCAGCGGCGCUAUGGGUCCACCGAGGGAAACAGGAAGAUCCGCUGCUCCUCCUGGGUCUUCCGCAACGAUGAGUGGAGGCUGAUAUAUGAUGAGACUUUAAUCGCCCCCAGGACUGGCCUACUCCCUUUCCACUCCCUCAGAGUCUCCCCCUUUCCCUCUUCUCGUGUCACUUUCCCUGUCCCAAACAGCCAGUGGGCGCCAGGCAAACUUUUCACCCUGUUCUCGUGUGCUAAGAAAGAAAGUUCAGUUCAACAGUGAGACUCUCGCUCCCUUGAACUCACUAACCAUUCAGCUUCUCUUGUGACUCCGUGGACCAAUCAGCUCGCAUCACCUGAUCCCCGGGGAGCCAAUUGGUGUUUACUUUGUGCUAAUAACGACAGCAAUAACGACAAGGCUUCCAGCACGACCCUUGCCUCCUCAAGGACAGAGACGUGCACCUCCUGAAAAACAAAACACACUAAAGCUUACGUGACUGAAGCAAGCAAUUGAAACUAAACUUUUAGAAAAAUCUGUAAGAAAAAACUUUGCUAACUUUAAGGAAACUAUUGAGAGUCUAUCGUUCACAUUUUUUUUACAACUGCAAGGGACAGGCAACUCCCCUUGGGCACUCCUCAAAACUGUGUGCUGCCACUGGUCCUCACAGCCUCGUGUCCGCCAGUGGUGAUGCUGAAGUGUUCUUUAUAGUGGAAAUACAGUACUUGCUAAGUUGACGUGGUUUCUCAUCUUCCUCUUGAACUGGAACAAAGAGUCCAAACAUUUCACUAGUGUGUCGUCAAGUCGUCCUGGAAGUGUUUCCCCGCACGCAGCGUGUCUGCCUGCACACGCUGACGCAGCUCCGCCAGCGUCACCACCAGCGAGGAGAGAAGAUUGGAUGCUGCGAGCUACACCCAGCCAGCUUCCCACUCUUCGUUUUCAAGGUGAAAGAAAACGUGACGAGUGAGAAGAUGGGAAGAGAGGAUGACUUAGAUCAUUCAUUUUACGCCACUGCCUUCCACGCCGCCACCGCCGCCGCCUGUGACGCCGCCGCCACACCCACUUCUUCCACGGUGAUUGGUGGAGGUUCGGCCAAUGAGCGAUGAGCAACAGAGAACACACGCAGCAGUAACUAUGUGUUCUGAAGAACUUGUGCCGCGCCCAGGCGACCACUGCAUUGCUGCUUGAAGAAACACACACUCUCAUACCCUUACACACCCAUACAUAUACACACACUGGGGCACACACACGCACAUCAACACACGUACAUGCAAAGUUCUCUUUUUCCCCGCUUGUCUCUUUCAGACGCCCAGUUCAAGUUCUCUUCUCCACUACUGAAGGAGUCGUUGAUGUGCAGUCUUGGCCUCAGACUUCUCAAGAGUGCGUGAACUAGUUCCUCUCUCUCUGCAAGUUAUAAAAUAAACAUAUUCACAAAAAGGAACACCAAAGCAGUGAUAUGUAAAGUUCAAGAGCAACUCGUCAUUUGUACACGUGAACAAAGUUACAUUCUACCUCCGAUGACCUUAAUUUUUUGUAACCUUUGACCUGACCUGACCCCCCACCGCGUUGACCCUGCUGGCCAGGUCAACAGUUCACCCUUGACCUCGUGGUGCUUGACCCCCAUUGGUUGUUGUUAUUGUUAUAAACCGCCAGUGGACAUACGGAGUGCUUGGCGCCGGCAAUAAUAAUAAUAAUAAUAAUAAUAAUAAUAAUAAUAAUAUAAUCAAAGUGAUGCUUAAAUUUUAAAUCACAAGAAGAAAAAAUUACCAUUAUAUAUAGUUUUAUUGUGUGAAUUUUUAUAUACACAUUGUUGACAGUUUCUUUUAUACAUACAAUUUUUUUGACCGAGUUUUUGUGUAUUUUUGGAAGAUAUAUUUAACUAUACAUACCAAAAACAAUUGCUCAGGUUUUGUACUGGUGUGCGUGUGUGUAUAGGUUUGUGUGUUUGGCGGCAACCCAGGACAGGUUUUUUGCCUUUCAAAGAAUCUGGACGUCUCAAAUCACACAGCCAAUCAGAACAGUCACACGUAUUGGCUCUGUUCCCUCGCAGCCAAUGAGAAGCCUUGGUUGUGUGACGUCACGGCUCUGACUGCUCAUCCCAAGGUGUGAAUCUGAUCCCGGUGUCAAUAACUGCCACAACCAAUCACUAGCUCUUAAGACUCCGACGUGACGCUCUGCCCAACCAGUCCUCAUUUGGCAUCGUAACAACCAGCAGCCAAAAUCGGACGUAACAUUUUCCUACUGAAUCUAACAUCAUAUUUUGCCCAUUCAAUCGUUGACUGGUAUUGUAACACAGCCAGCAACCCAAACUGACGUCAAUUUGUCCUAGCCAAUCGUGUGAAGGAAGCUUUCGUCACAUUUUCCUCAGAUAAUCGUAAAUUAGUAUUUCGACAAGAUUCGACAACUCAAUUUGACGUCAUAUUUUUCUAGCCAAUCCUGUGCCCGUAUCCCAGUCUGACGUCAGAUAUUCGUAAACCAGCAAUUCUAUCUAACGUCACAUCUCUUCCAACCAAUCGUAAACUGGUGUUGUGACGCGAAUUAGCAACAGAAUUAGCGUCACAUUUUCCCCAACUAAUCUGUGCUGUUAACCCAAUCUGCGUCACGGUCUCCCAUUCAGCAAGUAUAAGGUAAACCAGUGAUACAAUUUGACGUUUGAGGUUUAACAGUCAAGAGUAAACUGUUGUGGACGUGCUAUCCCAUCUUUCCAGUCCCGAAGUUGUCAUAGUUGUCCUACCUGUCUCACGUAUCAGGACAAGUAAUUGACUACACCUGUGGCUCAUUAUAUCACCUGCCAAGUGGAAUUGAACCAAGUACGACUCAGUGAACAAUCAGUCUUGCAAUAACGACCCUUACUUACAAUCAUUAGCGUUAAAGUGAAGAUUUUUUCAAGAAGCAUUUUUUUAACCCUUUAGGUGCAAGUUCAUAUUGAGCAAUAUUAUUUUUUGAAAGUGCAGCACAGAAUAUAUUUCAGAUUUUGUAUUUUGGGAAAAGAAAACAAGUGUAAUCUGUUUUAAUUCAAUAGUCAAGAGAAACAAACGUUAUUUUUUUCUAUCUCUUUCGAGUUCUUUCCCUUUUUUCCCUCCGCCUCUAAGUAAUUCAUAGAAGAGUGAAAGAGAGGGAGAAAGGAAAAAAAAAAAAGGAAACUGGAGUGAUAGACAAGAGGGGGAUACACAAUCCUUAAAACACAGUAAAAAGUAACGAAUUUUUGUAUUGCAAAAUGGAAAAGGGAAAUAUAUUAAUGUCAGUUGCGUAAGAGUAGGUAGAAUUAAGAAAAUAUAAAUUAGAGAGAGAGAAGCGGUGACAUUAUUUUCAUAGAGACUGUAAGAAUAUUUAAGAGAGAGAGAGAGAGAGAGAGAGAGAGAGAGAGAGAGAGAGAGAGAGAGAGAGAGAGAGAGAGAGAGAGAGAGAGUUUACCAACCACACAGUAGAACAAAAUAAACACAAACAGGAAACACACAACUCAAUAGAAAGAAAAGAAAGAAAAAAAGUAUAUUCCUGAAAGAAGAAAGAAAUUACCCAACAAGAGUAGUCGCCUGAGGAGACAAAAGGAGAAAAGAAAAAAAAGACAAAGAAGAAUAAAGAAAACCACCGCGAGGGAACAACAACUACAAAAGGAAGAUAAGAAAGAAAAAUAUUAAUCAAGAACACGGCAGCAAAAAAUAAAUACGAAAAAGGAAUUGAAAAAAAAGAAAACUAGAACAAAAACAACACAAAAUCAAAUAGAGAAAACAGAGAAACUGCAAGAAUAGACAGGAUAGAAAGGGAGAUAGAGAAACUUAAUAAACCCGAGUAAGUGACCAAUACACAUUUAAUCAAAAUAAAGUAAAAAAAAAAAAAAGAAAGAAAAAAGGAAAGACACAAACACUUUAUUUACCACGAUCAUAAACUAAAGGACUUCUGUAGGGGAAAGAAAAACCUAGUAAGUGACGAAUACAGAACUAACCAAAAUAAAUAAAAUUAAACAAAGAAAAAUCACAAACACUUCAGUUACCCACUAUAGAAAAAAGAAAACAAGGACUCCUGAAGGGGAAGGAAGAGCAUUAGUCUUCACGUCGUAUUAGAUCAAGAGGUGGUCCAGGAUGGCGACUCGCCCCGCACGCCCCCUGCCCGUGCCCCCUGUGGUGCCGCAGGACUCCCGCAGGAUGAUAGGAGUCCUCAGUCUUGUGAUGAGGACUCUUAACUUCCCCUUCCCUCCUGAAACUGAUGAUGGCGACGAGGUGACACUUAUGUAUGCCAAGCAUGAGAAGGUGCCCAUGAAGGACUUCGGGUCGGAGGUCCGCGCCUCCAUGGACAUCGCGCACUUCCUGUCGCAGGCGACGCUGGUGCUGGACGUGGCCGAGACCUCCCUGGAAGGCAUCUGCGACCUGCUGCUGACCAAGCUGCUGGAGCAGGACGAGCCGCUCUGCUCCGUCGCCGAGGCCAAGUCCAUCCUCUUCACCCACGACACUUCCGGAUCAAAUGAAAAGGACAGUUUGUCAAAAGUACACCUGCUGGCGAGAACCAUCCAGGGCACUGCCACAUCCGAGAACGGCAGCUUUGAUUACGACCAGUCAUGGAUUUGCGCCCUUGGGAAUUUGCCAGCACUGCAGAGGCGUCACGUAGCCAUCGCCCGCCUUAAGCAGCCAGCCAACAUGGGGCGUACCAGCAAACAAGUCAAGCUGUUCAUUCUUGUCCUGUGCCCGAGCAAGGAGAAGGGUACCAAGAACUCCCUGGAGACGGGCCGCACCUUCGCCACGAUCUUCGCCGAUAUGGACUUCCGACAGAGACUCCUGGAGGCCACCAACGAGGAGGAGUUCAAAAGACUGAUCAUCAAGCACUCGCAGGAACUCGCAGAGGAACAGCAGGUCACCAACGACAAAAGAAUCGAAAUGAACCACGAAAGAGUAGAGGAAUUUGAAUACGAGAAGCGGUGUACCUUUGCCCGGGGCCUGAGGGAGGACCUGGAGAGGCGGCUGCCACACUACCUCUCAGACUACAAGGACGGGGUGGUGGGUCACAAAACAGUCCAGAAGGUCAUAUCCACAACAUUCUUCCUCUACUUUGCCUGCAUCCUUCCCGCCAUUGCUUUCGGCGUGUUGAACGACCACAACACCCAGGGCAGGAUAGAUGUAAAGAAAGUUAUUAUAGGUCAGGUUAUUGGAGGUGUGUUCUGGGGAGUCUUCUCAGGCCAGCCUCUCCUAAUUCAACUCACCACAGCUCCUCUUGCCAUAUAUAUAAAAAUUAUCUUCUACAUAUGUGAUGACUUCAAACUGGACUUCCAUGCAAUGUAUUGUGCGGUGGGGCUCUGGAACAGCUUUUUCCUGGUCCUGUACGCGCUGUUCGAUGUCUCGCGGCUGAUGCGGUGGUCGACUCGCUCCACAGAGGAGAUAUUUGCCCUCUUCAUCUCCAUCGCCUUCUGCAACGAUGCAUUCACCGCUGUCAGAAAAAACUUCAAGACCAACUACUACAGCCCAUCGUGCCAGCGUGGGGCCAACGCCUCCUACCUCGGCCCCCCCUCCCCCUCAGCGUACGCAGUGACAGGCAACCAGUCGGUGUCCUACGUCACCUAUCCCCCUGAACCCCACAUGGAGGACCUGGAGGGCGGCAACGUCACAAUCACCGUGGUGCAGAGCGUCUGUACUCGGGAGAACUCAAUCCUCUACCUCCUGCUCAUGUUUGGAACGCUGUGGCUGGGUGUUAUGCUCUACAACUUCAACAAAACGCCGUACCUCAACGCCAACAAACGGGAGGUGCUGGCUGACUACGCCCUGCCCGUGGCCGUCAUCGUCCUGUCCUUCAUCGGCUCGUACGUUUUCCGCGACGUGAAGCUGGAGCACUUCAGGUACGACAACAGCUACGACAUGUUCCAGCUGCCACCGCUGUAUCUUCUGCCCAUACCAGCUGUAUUUGCCACCAUGGGCCUCGGCUUCUCCCUCUCCAUGUUGUUCUUCAUGGACCAGAACAUUGGAUCAGCCAUGGUCAAUAACCCCUGCAAUAAGUUGAAAAAAGGGCCAGCCUACCACCUGGACCUGCUUGUGGUGGCCUUCAUGAAUGGGUUCCUCUCAAUCUUCUGCCUCCCCUGGAUGCACGCCUGCCUCCCUCAUUCCCCACUGCACGUGCGGUCUUUGGCAGAUGUGGAGGAGAGAGUGGAACAGGGACAUGUGUAUGAAAUAAUCGUCAAAGUGAGAGAGACCCGCCUUACUGGACUGUUCUCUAACAUCCUCAUUGGACUCUCCAUCUUCCUGCUGCCGUACCCUCUGGCCUACAUCCCCACGGCGGUGCUGGAUGGACUCUUCCUCUACAUGGCCGUCACCGCACUGAACGGCAACCAAAUGUUUGAGCGCAUCACCCUUCUCUUCAUGGAGCAGGCUGCCUAUCCACCCAACCAUUACAUCAGAAGGGUCCCGCAGCGUAAAAUCCACAAGUUCACGGGUCUUCAAGUGGUACAGCUAUUAGUGAUGUGUUCUCUGGGUUUUGCUCCCUGGCCAUACCUCAAAAUGAUGUUCCCUGUUGCGCUUCUGCUCCUUCUACCCAUCAGACACAAAUUGGUCCCAAUGGUGAUCGAAGACAAAUACUUGGCAGCCUUGGAUGGGGAGCACCAAUAAACAGACCAGCCACUAUUACUCUGGGACCUACAAACAAUAGAAUCAAAUGCAACAGACAUGGCGAGAUGAAAACGACAAAAGAAUCCCUGAAACUUGAACCCUGAAAGCAGGAAACCGCAUGCCUGUGAUGGGAAUUCCAGAUGUGCGUCAAUGGUAAUGAGCAAGGUGGUGUGGGGAGGCGGUGUGUCGUCUCCCCGGCGCCCCAGCAUGUUUGUUGACUGAGAAGAUCACACCGCGCAUUCCUCCACUACAGGACUGGCUCUCCUUCCCUGCAACUCUCUCCCCUCGACUCCACUCCAGGAAGGGACGGGCAAAGCAAGUCCACUGAGAAAAUGAGGAAGAUGCAGCAUGGUGUGAUCAACUGUGACAUAAAUCAAAAGUGUAUGGAUAAGUCAGGGAGGUGUUCCAGAACCUCCCGACACCGACUCACUCACUCACUCACUACCGCGGGGUUUUUAUAUGAAAGCAUACGGGCUUGUGUGUGGCAGUAACCCCCUACCACCACCACCACCACCACCAUUCCUCCCAUCUUAAUCCUUCCUUUUUCUCUUUUUUUCUUCUCUACAGUAGCUAGCAAACAAAUGCUCCCCUCCCUUCCACCACCACCAGCCACAUUCCUCUCCUCCUCCUCCUCUUUCUCCUCCUAUUCCAUGCAAUCCUUAACCUCCUGAAUAUAUAAAAUGUCAAAAAGUUAAAAAAAAAAAGAACGUCAGAUUAGCUCAAAUUUUAAGCACUCACGCCCCAGACUGUUCUUCUCAGUCGCCACUACAACCACAUACAUAAAUCUCAACUAAUCAGUACUCCCGCUCCUCUCCCCGCUCCCCUUCCCCUCCUGACCCCAGAGCGCAAUCACCGUAGUGAGGAGUAAGUAAGAUGUAAACAGUAGUCCCGGAGUCUACUUAGCUCACUCUAGCGCAUAAUCAAGUUUGUACACCAAGCAUUAAUUAACUAAACUAACCAACUCAAUAGUCUGUUUUAACUAGUUGACUAAGGUUUUUCCCGGGAUGAUUCUUUGGUGUGUCACUCGUUGUUGUGGGAUCAGUUCAGGAAUGCAUGGGGCACCAAGUUGAUAUAUGCAAAAAAAAAAUGAUAUAUAUAUAAAUAUACAUAUAUAUAUAUAAUGAUACAGUCUUGGAACACACUACACGCACACUCUCACAGAUGCACAUGCACCCACACCUACACAUGUACACGCAGGCACAUGUGAGACCAGCCCCUAUGCCCCUCCCCCCCACACCUCCACACCCCCACCACUUAUGGAUGCAAGAGGCCUCACAUUCUUCACUAUUCAGUUUGCAGAAAGUAUAAGAACGUAGCACUUUAUAGCCUCCAUUUCUAACUUGCUUCUGUUCCUUCCCAUCACCCUGUCCGCUACGAUUCACACUUAGUAUGUUCUCCGCCUCUCCUUCCCAGCCCUCCCCGCUUCCCUCCGCGCAAGGAAGAAUGACGCCCUUUCCUCUCCCUCCAGCCAGCCCCAACCACUAUGCAGGUGGACCGCAGGUGUACGGGACAGGUGUAGGGGCCAGCCUCACCCCCAGUGUUGUUACCGGGCACUGAAUGGCCCGACAAUAAUGUCAAUAACUGUGUGUACAAACCGCGUCUCUAUUACUCCAGAGUCUAGUUUUCAUAGCCAGUGUUGAAUUAUAUCAUAGCUAAUAUUAUGAUAGAACAUUAUACAGUAUAUUUGAUAAAUAGCCUCUAGGUUUGUGAUUACACAGCCUCAGUUAUGAGCGGCAGAGUUGAUGUGGCUAGCCAAUGUGUGUGUUUGCGUGCAUGUGUGUGUGUGUGUGUGUGUGUGUGUGUGUGUGUGUGUGUGUGUGUGUGUGUGUGUGUGCUUGUUUGUGUGUGUCUUUGUAUGUGCAGACGUGCAUUUCUGCAUGUCCUAGCACAUGAAAUAUUUCUGAGCUUCCAUUGGUUCAGUAUCUUUGUCCUUACUAUAAUGCUAAUGUUGGUCAUAUGUGGUGUUCUUUUAACAUUAGACUAUUUCUAUGCUAUAUGUACGUUAUAUCCACUUAGUGUAUUUCUCUGUCAAUUUAUUGACUGUUUGUAUUCUUUUGUGAUGUAAUAUUUCUCUCCUCCCAUCAAGCUUUUUCUCCCAAUUAUGUGAAAGAACACCUGCUUUGUGUGACAGUGAUGUUGUAUGUGAUGGUAAAAUGCUAUGCAACAUUGUUAAAAGUGUGUGUGUGUGUGUGUGUGUGUGUGUGUGUGUGUGUGUGUGUGUGUGUGUGUGUGUGUGUGUGUGUGUGUGUGUGUGUGUGUGUGUGUGAUGCCUCUGUUCCUCCCAGCUUCCUGAUGUCACUGCAGCACCACAGUUGUACUCCCCACACACCACAGUCUAGUCAGGCAGGCUCCUGCACUAGCUACAUCUCAACUUCCACUAAUGAAACCAACACCACCACCACCACCAAACCCACAGUAGUACACCUUGUCAACACCACCAAUACAUAACACUGCUGUAUGUACUUAUUGUUUCUGAUGCCAUCAUGCCUUUCCCUCCUCCUCCUCCUCCUCCUCUUUAUCCUCUUCAGUUUUCUCCUCUGUGUGUGUGUGUGUGUGUGUGUGUGUGUGUGUGUGUGUGUGUGUGUGUGUGUGUGUGUGUGUGUGUGUGUGUGUGUGUGUGUGUGUGUGUUGAUUUGUUUGUGCGUGCAUGCAUGUACUUGUGUGUGUGUGUGUGUGUGUGUGUGUGUGUGUGUGUGUGUGUGUGUGUGUGUGUGUGUGUGUGUGCUGUGCUUAGCCACCUUGACCUGUCAUCCUGAAAUGCAUCCUAAAGACAAACUAGAAUUAAUGAUGCUGUAGCUUCUACAUUGUAAUGUAAUGUCAAAACAAUGCAUUUGUGAUCUGAAAUCAUUUUAUGCAGAUUUUACCUGGAAGAAAAGGACAGUUUGCUUUAAUAGCUUGAUCUACAAAAGAAAUUUGAAACAUCCAAAUAUGUAAUGAAUUUAGAUAAUUUGAUGAUAAUAUUCCUCCAGAUGUUGGUUUCUUAACACAUAAUACAUGUACUUCAUCUAUUCACAAAUGCAUCUCCCAGAAUGUGAAAUACUACUGGUGUUUACUUAAAAUUCAGGAAAAUAAGACACAAGUAGAAUGCAGUCAGGACGUUGCUCUCCUUCAUAGUUUACCUCCCUCUGAUUUCCAUCCCUCCUCCUUCACAUUGUCAAUAUUGUUACUAAGAAGCAAA